UCUCCCCAUUCAACGCUGUCGAUGAGGGAUGUGACCGACCAAGCGCGAGCGCCACUUGAGCUGUAUCAUAGCAACACGUUUUGUAAACAAAAGUCGCACUUUCGUUGCGCAUUCUUAUUCACUUCUCUUGGUGCUGUUUUUGUCUUUCUACUGUACUUAACUUAUUUUACAAUGCAUCAAACCGAACCGUUUGCAGUCGAUGAGGCUGAACCUGGACCAUCUGUUGAGUCUGACAACCAGGAGGAGAGAAUCAAAGCGCGCCGCCUGCGCAUAGCCGAGAGAAAUGAGGCCAAGAAAGGACGUAAGCUUGGACAGGUUUUGCAGAGAAAAGAGACCAUUAAAGAGGAAAAACGGGAAAGUCAGAAGGAGGUGGAGUUAAGUGAAAGGCACAUGGAAAAAUUAAAAAGUGAUGGCCUGGAGCUGGUGACCAACAUUCUUGUAGCUACAGACGCCAGAGAAUCAAACAGGAGAACAGACGAAGAGGAGGCAAAUCGACUGAGGAGAGAAAAGCUGGAAAACGAGGCCAGGUCCAGCCAGGAGAAGUACGAGGAGAUCACUCACAAAUGGACGGAGGCUAAAAUGAAACAGACACCGCUAGAUCUGAGAGAUGCUUUGAACAGCCAACAGCAGCUCUGCAACCAGAUCACAGAUGAUAAGAAUAAACUGAUCAAUGAUCUACAGCAGGAGCUGAAAGCGAGCGAUGAUCGCUAUGUCAAAGACCUGAGGAAGGAGGCUAAGGACACAGACCUUCUGAUCGAGAGGAUGGAGGAACAGAUCUCAAGUUUGAAAAAAUCAUACAGGGAGAAGUUGCACCAAAUUGAGAACUCAUUUGGCGAUGAGAGGAGAACUCUGCUAGCCAAAAACAGAAAGAAAUGGGAACAACAGAUGAAGGAACGUUGUGAUAAAGAGCUGAAGAAUAUGAUGCAGAGUUUAAGCCUCAUGGAGGAACAUGAGGACUUGCUACACAAGCUAAGAACACAAACAGCUGAGGAAUAUAACACAGACAAAAUCAAACUGGAUACAGAAGUACAGAAUUCAAGAAUGAAGGUACAGGAGAUGAAGUUCAGUUGUCACCUGAAUCAGGAGAAACUUGACGAUAAAUUCACAACACUAAAGAAACGAGAAGAGGAGAACACGAUCUUAAAAUCUCAAUUAAAAAGGAAACUCAUUAGAACGCAAGAUGCUGUCAACAAUCUAAAGUCUAAAUGCUCAGAGCAGGAAAAAGAAACAAAAUUGGAGAACCAGUCACUGAGCAAAGACUACACACACCUGAAUCAGCAAUACAAAGACAUGCAGAAGAAAGCAAGACACUUCGCAGCACUAGAUAUGGAACGCUAUGAAAAGGUUUGGCUCAUGAAUGAAGCAGAGGUGAAGAACCUGGCACACAGGGCACUGGAGGUCGACCGCCUGAUUCAUGAGCAACAGUUGGGUCUUGCUUGGGAUUCACCUCCGCUUGACUUCAUGGAGCGAUUCGGCCCGAUCAGGAGCGAACAGCGGGCCUUCAGGACUGCUGGACAGGCAGCUGCAGAUGCCCUGAAAGAAGAACAGGAAGAGGAAAGCGGUGUAAUGGAGGGAUCUGAGAACACUGCUGGCGGAGUCAACAGGAGAAUAGUAAAAAACAUUCUGGAGCUGUUGUGUGAUGAGACGGGAUUUCUUGUAGAUAGUAAACUGCAAACGCUGUUGUCCUGUCUGGAGAAAAGUGAGCAAUCCCUUGUGAAGCUGGAUGCUGUUUUCUCAGCAGUGGGGAUUGAGAGUGAGGAAGAUGUGUAUAGAAUGACAGAAUUCUUUAUGAAGUACAAACAGCUGGGUAGAGAACAGAGGGAUCAGGAGGCAGAGGAGGGAGACAGCGAUCGGAGCGAAUCAGAAGCUGAGCCCAUUGACCUCAUCGAUCCAAAUGAAAUAUUAUUGGCCCUAAAAGAUUUUACUGCCCAAAACUGCAGACCCCGUGGUGUUUGGGAUUCACAACACAGCAGUGUUUUGGAGCUGAAUAUGAGAGAUGACUCUAAAGAUGCAGCAUAUUGGGAAAGCUUGGCUAAUGUCAUUCCAGAGUCCAAACUCAAGCUGUGGGCCGCUCUAGAUACAGCUCUCAAUGAAUACCAUGCUGUAUUAGCGGAAAGGGCUGAGCUUCUAGUGGAAACACAGAGUGUAAAACAACAGAAUACAGAGCUUAGGAAUUUACUCCACCAAUACACAACCUCCAAGGCCAAUUCUGAGCUGGACAUCCACCCAACCAGAUGAAGCAGUUUUCGAAUUAUUGUGCAUUGUCUCCUUUGUCAUUUUACAGAGAAUACUUGGGGGGGAAAGUGUAUUUAAAAA